AGAGUGGGUCUAUAUUUUUAACUGAUUUGGGAUAACUAUGUAUACAUGUUUUACUAUAGCGUUUACAAGUAGGCUAAUCUAGUGGUGGAGGUUGUGUAAUUUGUAAUCCGUUGUCUGUAGGACAAUAAGCCUAUGCAGAGACCACCAUCCUGCUUGCGAGAUUGGCAUGACGACAUCGGACCCGGCGAAAGAUCCCACCUUCUCAAAAUAAGAUGGCGCCGUCGACCAGGAAGUACCGAAAACAACAGCGUUGAAACUGCACCAUCGGCACUGCGCCCUAAUAAUAACAGAACCGAAAUUUUGAGUAAUACAACACCCCAGACCUAGAGGGGGAAUCCUGUAACAAGCUGAAGGCAAGAUGCCGUGUAUGUCGAAACGGUAGCGCAGCCCAUCGGGAGACUGGAAAGUGGUCUAGAACCAUUUCAUCCUAAAAACAGAGAUAACGGUUUACAUUCUGGUCUCCGGCGUUAAGAAAAACCAACAAUGUCAGGCAACAGACAUUUCAACGUCCAUGAAGUGAGCUGCUGUAUAAAAUACUUCAUAUUUGGAUUCAAUAUAAUAUUUUGGCUCCUGGGGGUGGCUUUCCUGGGCAUAGGGCUUUGGGCUUGGAAUGAAAAGGGUGUGCUAUCCAACAUUUCAUCCAUCACUGACCUAGGUGGAUUUGACCCGGUGUGGCUGUUCCUGGUGGUUGGAGGUGUGAUGUUCAUCCUGGGCUUUGCUGGCUGCAUUGGAGCGCUGCGGGAGAACUCUUUCCUCCUCAAGUUUUUUUCCGUGUUCCUGGGGAUCAUAUUUUUCCUGGAGCUAACGGCCGGAGUUUUGGCAUUCGUCUUUAAAGACUGGAUCAAGGACCAGCUCAAGUUCUUCAUCAACAACAACAUCCGAGCCUACCGGGACGACAUUGACCUGCAGAACCUCAUUGACUUCACCCAAGAAUAUUGGGAGUGUUGUGGAGCCUUCGGCCCUAAAGACUGGGACUUGAAUAUCUACUUCAACUGCACAGACACCAACCUGAGCCGGGAGAAGUGUGGGGUGCCAUUCUCCUGUUGCACUAAGGAUCCUGCUGAGGAUGUGAUCAACACACAGUGUGGCUAUGACAUCCGAGCCAAACCUGACUUGGAGCAGAGGACUUUUAUUAACACUAAAGGGUGCGUCCCUCAGUUUGAGAAGUGGCUGCAGGAGAAUCUCACGGUGGUGGCUGGAAUCUUCAUUGGCAUCGCUCUGCUUCAGAUUUUUGGGAUUUGUUUGGCACAGAAUCUACUGAGUGACAUUGAAGCUGUUAGGGAAAGCUGCCUGUUCACCUAACAGUGGAUUCCGGGGGGCGGAGCUAAAGGCACACACACACCCCCCCCCCCCCCCAUACCUCCCCUCAUUUCCUAUCGACUGGAACUCACCCAUCCACACUCACAUGAAGAAGGAGUUGAGCUGAGGCGCAUCAGGAAGCUCCACAGGCUACUGCACAUCUGCUACACAUCUGGAGUACAGUAUGCAGCACUUUAUACCGGAAACAUAAUGAAGGAAGAAGAAAAAAAAAAUAUGCUUUGUACGUAUGUUUGUUUGUCCAGUUAAGCACUGAAUGACAUUGCAUAGCAAGAGGAUAAACCUGUGUCUGUGAUUUUACCUUACGGAAAGUAGCGGAGCUAGACGGCUUUCUGAAUGAACCUUUCUUACACAGGCACAGUCUUUUUCAAUAAGUUAUUUUAUAAGUGGUAAGGUGGUGUCAGACACUCCAUUGGAUUGGGAUCCUUCUAAAACCAGUUUUGGGGCUGGGGUGGGGUGGGUAGGUGGGGUGGUUAAAUGCACUGCAUGCCUUUUGUUAUGGCUUUGGUCCUUCCAUGGUGGCUCCAAUCCAUUUGUAUCUGGGGGGGAUUACCAAGCCUUUCUCUUUGUUUUCAUGUUUGUUUUUUUUUUAAAUUGUUUUGUUUCCUUGCACAUCUGAGAUCACUCUCUGUCAGAACAUGUUUUUCAGCAUCUCAAAAAGAAACUUUGGAAGAGCAAACCUUAAUCACCCUAGGUGCAAUGUUAAAGUGGUGAUUUGAGUCAUAGCCAGCUCACUUUAUUUAGGUCUUUCACCGCCAAAAGCUAACCAUUUUAUGAUACCAUUCAUGCUUUAUGUGGCCCUGAAAUGCAAAAAUCAGGAGACGGUUUUGUGGAUCACCAAUAACAGGAUAUGACUGGCCAUAUAGAUGUAUAGAGCAGAGGUUAGUGUCUGCAGAGUUUACAUUUAAAUCCCAUACCAUCAGUAUGUAAGGAGAUAAAAGCAUAUAUAAAACAAAAAUCAUUUUACUCAUUAAGGUUCAAAUGGAACCCUAGGUGUCUCUAGUUGUAUUUGAUCCACAGCACCCCAGCUUGUGUCAUGUCCACAGUGUUUCAUUUAUUAAGAGCUUGAUCAGCACUCAUCUCUUUUGAACCUGCAUCUGUUUGCCACACAACUGUAAACUGUGUAUCUUACUACAGCGUGUUUCUUCAGCCGGUGGCAAAAGGGGCUUUUAACCCAAGUCUCACGGCAGGCCAAUUACACUAUAGCAAUGUAUGCUUUCACUGUGCGUAAAUCACCACUUCUUUGUGCCAUAGUAGUUGACCGGAGAUAGUAUCCACUGACCAAUCUGUUAUUGACUCAGCUAUGUUUUAUGCUGUCAAGCUGGUGCUGAUGGGAGGCACCCAGCAGUGGGGGUGCCACGGGACGCUUUAGAAAGAGUAGAAUAUCAAUAGUAGUAUUACACUAUCAAAAAUCUUGUACCCGCUACAUAUACCAUAGACCAGCUCUUGAGGCAAUGCAGCUCAAGUCCAAAUCCAUGGACCAGUUUACAUCAAACGAAAUGAUAGAAUGCACUAAAAGGCCUCCUUUAGAAAGGGCGCGUGUUUAAAACCAUUCACACCAGUCUGUGGCUGUUGCCCACAGCUACAGGAAUAGUAUAAACAGAACCAAAAGCAUCUUUUAUAGUAUCAUUUAUUGUGUUAAAUAAUACUGCAAAAAAAAAAUAUCUAUUUUACUGUGUUUAUUAUUGUUUUAAAGUGGGUUCCAUACACAUAUUCAAGGCAUCAAGAUCAGUUGCUGUGCAAUCACAGGUUGUGUUGCCAUGGCAUCACAAUAGCAGUUUAAGUCACGCCAGCCAAUGUGGAGAGUUUACCACACAGCUCUGUACUGCAGUCUUUAAAGUGGUUUCAAUGUGUUUCCAGACUGUUCUGAAUGAUCAUAGAUGUCAAUGGCCCACCAGUGUUUCUGAGGUACAAAAGGAGUAUGCCGUGUCGGUACCAUAUCCCAUGGUCUACCGGUGGAAGCUCUCACUCAUUUAGAAACAGUGACUUUUAUCUGACAGGGUAGAGUCACUCUUUUUGACAGGUGAAAUUGUGAUUGAUCGUUUUGUUGGACAUUUGUGUGUAUGUGUGUUGUAUUUGGCAAAGUUCAAAGUUGACGUGAUGUCUGGCUUUGUAAAAAAAAAAAAAAAGAGCAAAAAAGAAUUGAAUAUGUUUUUGUUUGGUUUUGUAAAUGUGUUCAUUAAGUGAUUAUUUAGUGAGCAGAUUUGACAGCGAUUGUCUUUUAAAUAAAGUAAUUAAAUAAUAAAACCAUGUAAGUUCC